GGUGCAUGACCCCCGCACACCCAUCCGCUGGUCGCCAUGCGGAAGACUUCUCAAGAUGAUACGACAUCUAUAACAAGUGGUACAGAGAAUGAAGGCAGAAAACCUUCAACGGGACUAGCAAAAAUAAAAAGAAGCUCUAUUAAAAAGAAAGUGCAAAAUUAUAGCCACGAAUCAGACGAUGGUGUUGUUGAGCCUUUAUUACAAAAAGAUAAGGAAAAGAUAGAGUUUUCAAGUCAAAGUGCCAAAUUUUCGAUUUCAAAAACGAAGACUCUCGUAGGCAAUGAUAAAAUGGAUGAUACAGACAAAUUACUCCCUGACAUCAAAGUUGAAAAAUUACCACUUGCUAGCUCCAGUGUGUCAGACAAUCUAAUUAACGGUACCAAAACUUACGCAUGUACACCCAGUGCCAUUCAUAAUCAUAUGAACACAAAUAUAUUUAGUAAUACCGAUGCAAUAAAAAAUUCAGUAGUGCCUAAAAGUCAAAUUUUAGUUGAAAUUGAUGGGAAUAAACCAAGCAGCUUCAGCUCUGGACCUUUAAUAUUUACAACUGCCAAAAUUCACACCGAUGGAAAAACAACUCAAAUGGAACCAGUACAAGUAACACCAGUGCCAAUCUUUUCCACAGUAGAGGGUAGUGUUAUAAAAACUAGUUCAAUAGUUGAUAACCAAAAAGUUGACAAAGUGACAUCGGGAAAAAGUGUAUUAAAUAGUUAUGCAAAAUCAUCAGAUGUGGAUACUAUUAAGAUCGAUUUGGAUGUAAAAACUGCUACAGGAAAAUUAAUUUGUAGUAAACCGGAAUCUACGAGUAUUGUAAGUGGUUUCCCUAAAAUAUUUCAAAGUUCCUUUGAGGACAAGAAAGGUAUAACCAGUACCACAAGUAAUUCCAAAAUAUCAAAUCAGGUUGCCUCAACAGCUAAAAUGAGUGAAAGCAAUACGAUGACCACAUUUGCUGCAAGUAAGAGUAUGACUAAACCGGGUAUAACUAAACCGCAGUCUACUGUUAGUGGUCUUCCUAAAUUGUCUCAAUGUUCCUCUGAGGACAAGAAAGGUUUAACUGAUACUACAAUUAAUUCCAAAAUAUCAAAUCAGGUUAUCCCAGCACCUAAAAUAAGUGAAAGCCAUACGAUGACCACUACUGCUGCUGCAAGUAAGAGUGUGACUAAACCGGAUAUAACUAAACCGCAAUCUACUGUAAGUGGUCUUCCUAAAUUGUCUGAAAGUUCCUUUGAGGACAAGAAAGAUUUAACUAAUACUACAGGUUUAAUUAAUUCCAAAAUAUCAAAUCAGGGUACCUCAGCUGCUAAAAUAAGUGAAAGCCAUACGAUGACCACCACUGCUGCAAGUAAGAGUGUGACUAAACCAGAUAUAACUAAACCGCAGUCUACUGUAAGUGGUCUUCCUAAAACAUUUCAAUGUUCCUCUGAGGACAAGAAAAGUUUAAUCAAUACUACAAUUAAUUCCAAAACAUCGAAUCAAGUUACAUCAGCUAUAAUAAGUGAAAGCCAUACAAUGACCACUACUGCUGCUACGAAUAAGAGUAUGAUUAAACCAGAUAUAGCUAAACCGCAAUCUACAGUAAGUGGUCUUACUAAAGUGUCUCAAUGUUCUUCUGAAGACAAAAAAGGUUUAACCAAUACUACAAUUAAUUCCAGAAUAUCAAAUCAGGGUACCUCAGCAGCUAAAAUAAGUGAUAACAAUACUAUGGCCACCACUACUGCUGCUGCGAGUAAGAGUGUGAUCUCGACUUCGUUGACACAUUCUGAAAUGGGUACUUCUGCUAUGCCAAAAUUAGUAGGAAACGAGGUUCCAAAAAUGCAAGUUACAGACAAAAAGAAUACAGUUGGCAGCAAACAGGAGAUAGACGUUAAUAAAAACUUCCAGUUACCUACAUGCUCAUCUCAGCCUAUGAAUAACUCUAACUUGGAAAAAGAUGUAACAAGUAAAGAUUCAAGUAAUACUAAGCAAUUACAACGUCCGACAAGUAAGAUUGAGGACGUCCAAAAUAAUAAGAAUGCCAAAACAAAUACAGAGGGUAAGGCAAUUAUGACGGAAAAAAUGCCAUCUACUUCAAAAAGUCAAACAAUUGAUGCGGAAAAUCAAAACAAAAACAAUGAAGCUACUAAGUUAAGUAGACCAGUCGUAACAACAAUACAAGAUAAAAUAUCUACACCACUUCAAGUUAGUAAUAUAUCAAAAACACAAAAACUGACUGAUAAAUUUUCAACUGGAUCAUCUGCGACGACCACUCCGAGCUCUACUUCUAACAUGGUCCCCAGUACAAAUACUACUCCAAAAGUAACAGGUACAACAAUAAGUGAUAGUACUGGGAAGAAAAUGAGUACAAGCAUAUCUUCUGAGUCAGGUGCAAAUCCUAUAGUGUCAACAAUAUCACCGGCUUUAAAGACUGUUGGCCCUGAGUCAAAAAUAUCCACUAAAAUAGAAUCAGUUAGUCAUAGUGCACCACUAAGUAAUACGGGAACUACAAGAACUACCACAAACAGUAUUAAUACUCCUACAUCUAUGACAAGUUUAGCACAAAAGAGUACAAAAGAAUCGGCGCCAAAAACAGGCAUGGCACAGACGGCCAAGACAACAAUAUCUACCAACAAACCAACAGUUGCUCUAACGUCUUCAACAACUCCUCUGAAUUCAUCGGGGCCAAAGUCCAUAAGUUCGAAUGCACCAAUAAGUUCGUCUGUGGUACCUUCUAAAAGUGAUAUUCAAAAUAAUAAGUUGAAUCAACCAAAAGAUCAAGUAACCCGUAGCCAAAUACGGAGUCCAACAACCUCUUUGGUAACAACAGGGUCUUCUGCAAUAAAAUCCCCAACAACCACAGGUAAAACACCUUCAACGCCGUUAACGUCCGCUGCGAAGACGAUAAGUGUUAGUUCAAAGCCUUCUACUAGCGGGGUGACAUCUAAAGAUACACAAAUGCCUAAUCUUGGAAAAGUUGGUGACAACAAAAGCGUUUCCAUGACUGCUUCGAUUAAAUCACCUACAAUAGUAUCAUCGGCGUCUGUCGUUACUACAACAACUCAAAAGCCGACAGUCAAUAAAUCAACUGAGCUACGAAGUAACGAUAACAAAAAGGAAAAAUUCAAAUAGGUAGAUUUAACUUAUAAUUUAGAUUACACGACGAACUAUAAUUUAGGAAUACACCCUUGGCUCAAUCCAACGUGAUAAUAAGUACCUUUGUUAUAAAUGAUGUUUUUUCAACAAUAUGCUUAUAUUUUAAAUAUGUAUUACAAAUAAGUAUAUUAUGGCCGUGUUUUGUUAUUUUCUGUAAAUAUUUUUUAAAUAAUUUCAAUGUGUGUUAGUUGAUAACCAUACUUACUUUUAACGUAAACUUAUCGCAUUAUAGGAACUUGAUUGAUGUCGUUACUUCUACUUUUCUUAGUUAAUACAUACAUCACUAAAUAUAAACAUUGAUCUCUGAAUUCGAAUCUUUCAUGAUGUGACUAGACAGUGCUAACUUACCUUAGGUAUUUAUUUAAAAUAUGUAUUAACAUCCGUAUUUUCAUAGUUAGUCUGUAAUGUAAAAAUGAUAUCAAUAUAAAUUAAUAUGAAUAUACAAAAAUAUUAUAACGAGUGCACGGCUGUUCUUUCAGCAUUCUGAACACUUGAAGGAAACACGUCUAUUUUAUUAAAUUUUAUUUGUUGCAUAAUGUUUUGCAUUUAAAAUAAUAAUAGACGCAUCAUUAC